CGGCUGGGCCGGGAGAGGCUGGCGCGCCGGGCGGCUCCGCGAAUCCUCCGGCAUCCGCCCCGGCGGGCCGCCCCCGCCCGCGGCAGCCCCCAGAGCAGCGGCCCGGUACCGGCGCCUUCCCGGCGGGCGAGAGUGAGUCAUGGAGCUGCGUGUGGGGAACAAGUACCGCCUGGGACGGAAGAUCGGGAGUGGGUCCUUUGGAGACAUCUACCUGGGUGCCAACAUCGCCUCUGGUGAAGAAGUUGCCAUCAAGCUAGAGUGUGUGAAAACGAAGCACCCGCAGCUGCACAUCGAGAGCAAGUUCUACAAGAUGAUGCAGGGGGGAGUGGGAAUCCCGUCCAUCAAGUGGUGCGGAGCCGAAGGUGACUACAACGUGAUGGUCAUGGAGCUGCUGGGGCCCAGCCUGGAGGACCUCUUCAACUUCUGCUCCCGCAAGUUCAGCCUCAAGACGGUGCUGCUCCUGGCCGACCAGAUGAUCAGCCGCAUCGAGUACAUCCACUCCAAGAACUUCAUACACCGCGACGUCAAGCCCGACAACUUCCUCAUGGGGUUGGGGAAGAAGGGCAACCUGGUGUACAUCAUCGACUUUGGCCUGGCCAAGAAAUACCGGGACGCCCGCACCCACCAGCAUAUCCCCUACCGGGAAAACAAGAACUUGACUGGCACUGCCCGCUAUGCCUCCAUCAACACCCAUCUGGGCAUCGAGCAAAGCCGUCGAGACGACCUGGAGAGUCUGGGCUACGUGCUCAUGUACUUCAACCUGGGCUCCCUGCCCUGGCAGGGCCUCAAAGCGGCCACCAAGCGCCAAAAGUACGAGCGCAUCAGCGAGAAGAAGAUGUCGACGCCCAUCGAGGUCCUCUGCAAAGGCUACCCCUCCGAGUUCUCAACAUACCUCAACUUCUGCCGCUCGCUGCGGUUCGACGACAAGCCCGACUACUCCUACCUGCGCCAGCUCUUCCGCAACCUCUUCCACAGGCAGGGCUUCUCCUACGACUACGUCUUCGACUGGAACAUGCUCAAAUUCGGGGCUUCCUCGAGCCAGGCUCAGCCCCGUGACAGCGAAGCUAUUGCACUGCCCUGCCCCCGCCCCUGUCCCUGUGCCGGGCCCACGUACCCACCCUCUUACUGGUGCCCGGCGCCCCUGGGCACCCAGGGCCCUCCAGAUAGGCCCGUGGAGGAGGUGGAGGAGCUGCCCCCCCAAAACUACUGGCCCGUGGUCUGGACUCCGGGGCCCCAGUUCUGACGUCACCAGGUGUGUCUGAGCCCAUCGGGGCCAGGCCUGAGGAGGUGUCCCUUGGCGUGGUGGGGUGCGGUGGAGAGGGGGUGGUGGAGAAGGCCCUGCCGGGAGCUUCUUGGGGAUGAAUCAGCAGCUGCCUGACGAACAGAGCCUGAAGGAGGGAUGAUGUUCACCCGCCCCGGAGGGCCUGGUGGGAACGGGCGCCGGGAGCGGCUUCAGCAAGACCCUGACGGUGGCCUCUGUAUCGAACCUGAACUCAUUAAACGCCCCCCACCCGUACUGCGCUCCAUCCUGGUGUGCCUGUCCUUUCGUGGCGGAUCCCCUCGGCUCGCUCUGCCAGACGCUCAGGACGCGAGGCCUUAUUCUCUUGGACGCUGGGGUCGGCACUGGGUCUCACGCCCCUCUUCUCUCUGGGUCUCAGGCAGUGGCCUGGCACCGUUCCCUGAGGAGUUCGACAGAGGUCGGGCAGAGAACAGCGGUCUCACAGGCCAAGGGACCCGAGGGGUAGGGGUGGGAGAUGGGCAGUGGGGCACCUUACAACCCAGACCUCGCAGCCGGGAGUGUGGCCGAGGGCCGGCUCUUCUCGCCGGAGGGCGUCGCUCAAGGCAUCUGGCCGCUGGGCGCUCACUCAUCUUUGUGGAAAGUCAUUCCUGGGUCUGGUUCGGGGAUGGGCUCGGCCCUUCCUCUCCGUGCAGCUCCAAGAACGGGUUUUACGUUGUCUAGGCUUGUGCCAGGCAGUAUGGUAGCCCCUGGCUCCGUGUGGCUGAUUUUUAAUGAAUUAAAACGAAAGCUGAAAAUGUAGUCCCUCAGUUGCAUUUGCUACAUUUCAAGCCCUCAGGAGCCACAAGCGGCUGGUCAGUGGCUACCAUAUCCAGCAAGGUAGACGUGAACCUUUCCGUCAUCACAGAAAGCUCUGCUCUAGAUGGCUCCUCGCAGAACCUCUCGUGGGACCAUCUGGCUGGCAACAUCUCACGUCAAGCCAGGCCAAGAGCACCCUCCCCGCUCACUGCUGCCACUCUGAGCCCUUCCUGGGGUCCCUUUAGAGGCAAGCUCUUGAGUCGGAAGCUGAGCAGAGGUGCCAGCAGCCUUACUCUGCACCGAUCUCUGACUUGGCCUGGGCUGGAUCAGCGGGCGCCUUUGACCCCGUCACCCUGGUGAGCUCGACCGUCUUCACCUGCCCUUUGGCGGAAGCAUCUGCAGACCUGUGACGGGGACCUUCCAUGCCUUCGCCUCAAGGCCAGGCCCCCCCCCCGGUGCCGUUACCAGCACCUACCUGCAGACUGGACACCGUGCUGGGCACAGAGGGCCACGGGAAGGAUCUUACCCUUGACUGAGAGCUUCUCUCCCUGAAGUGGCCUCCCCGUUCAGCAUCAGGGCCCUGGAGUCCCUGGAUACCUGGAGCCUGGGACAUUGCUCUCAGCACACAGAGCCGCUGUGUUCCAAGGUCCAACCAGCAGGCCAGGAGGAUACUCCAUAUAGCCAAGGACAGGGGUCCACACGACAGGGCUGGAUGCUUGUGUGACUUUGAUGUUGACCUUUUGUGUUUUCUGUGGGCAAAUAAAAGCCAAGAAACCUC